GUCAGCCAGAGGGAAAUAUAUGCAGCAACUGACUGAGCAGACUUGCAGGCAAGAUGCAGCCACUCCUGCUCCUGUUGGGAUUCAUCCUACUCCCCGGGGCCCAGGCAGGGAAGAUCAUUGGAGGACGAGAGGCCAGGCCCCACUCCCACCCCUACAUGGCAUUUCUUCAGGUCGAGAGUCCAGAAGGUCUGAGCAGUUGUGGGGGAUUCCUUGUGCGAGAAGACUUUGUGAUGACAGCAGGUCAUUGCUGGGGAAGUGCCAUAAAUGUCACACUGGGGGCCCACAACAUUGAGAAGCAGGAAAGGACCCAGCAACAGGUCACUGUGCUCAGAGCCAUCCGUCAUCCCAAAUAUAAUGAAACGAAUGCCCUGAAUGACAUCAUGCUACUUCAGCUGAGGAAUAGAGUCACACGGAAUCGAUUCGUGAGACCAGUGGCCCUGCCUAAAGCCAGAGAGAAGCCUAGGCCUGGGGCCUUGUGCACAGUGGCUGGCUGGGGCUGGGUCAACCUGCAUAGGUGGUCAGACAAACUCCAGGACGUGCAGCUGAGAGUGCAGAGAGAUCGGAAGUGCACCUGUCGCUUUCCUUCCUACAACAGCCAGACUGAGAUUUGUGUGGGGGAUCCAAGGCAAAGGAAGGCCGCCUUCAAGGGGGACUCUGGUGGGCCUCUGGUAUGUAACAAUGUGGUCCAGGGUAUUGUCUCCUAUGGGGACAAGGAACAUGGGACUACUCCAGAAGUCUUCACCAGGAUCUCAAGCUAUCUACCCUGGAUAAAUAAAACAAUGAGAUGCUUUCAAUCAGCAGCAGCAGACUGAAACAUUACCCUCUUCCCUCUGUGACUGACACUUUUGUACUGGGGCACAGGUCAGUUCCAGGCACGCCUUCGAAAAUGUUUUGUCUAGAGUGCAAAUGUUUGUUCAUUAAACAACAGGCAGUACUGUCUCAGUCUGUCUGAACUGCUAUAACAACAUUUUGGCCUGUAAAAAACAGAAAUUUACUUAUCCAAGUUCUAGAAGUUGGAAAGUCCAAGAUAAAUUCUGUGACUAGUGAGGACCCGCUUCCUAGUUCAUAAGCAGGGACCUUCUUGCUGGGUUCUCAUGUAUCAGAAAGGGUAAAGGAGUUCUCCAAGGUCUCUUAUAGUACAGGCUCUGAUCUCACUCUCAUAGAUUCUGACUUUAUGAUGUAAUUGGUCCCCAAGGGCCCUCCCUCCAAAUUUCAUCAAAUUGAGCAUCGAGUUUUAACGUAAGAAUUUCGGCAGAACACAAACACAAAGACUAUAGCUAAUACACAACAAAUGUACAUCGUGAUUGAGUCGAGCCCUUCCAGGAAAAUGAAGUCAAAU